AUGGCGGUGGGGGUGGUGCGGCUGCCGGCCGGGGCCACCAUCCUGCAGCAGCUGCACGUGGAGGAGGCCCUGUUCAAGCGUCACCCCGAUCGCUCCUACCUGCUCGUCCACCACGCGGCCCCGCCCGCAGUGGUGCUGGGCAUGUCCGGGCAGGUCCACCGGGACGUGGUCGUGGAGCGGGUGGUGGCCGACGGGGUGCCGGUCAUCCGGAGGUUCUCCGGCGGCGGCACCGUCUAUGUCGACCGCUCCACCCUCUUCUCCACCCUCAUCUCCACGGCCGACUUCCUCCGGCCCGACCAGGUGAAGGUGUUCCCGCGCGAGGUGAUGGCGUGGGUGGGCGGCUUCUACCGGCGCGCCUUCGCCGAUGCGCACGUGGAGGACGGGGCGGUCUUUGCCCUGCGCGAGAACGACUACCACACGUCGUUCUUGUGGGACUUUGAGGAGGUCAAGUUGAAUGCCUACCUGGCCCAUCCGGAGAAGCAGCCGGCCUACCGCCUGCAGCGGCCCCACAGCGACUUCGUGUGUCGCCUCAGGGACCGGUUCCCGGCCCGCUCCAUCGAGGACAUGGUGGGCGCCAUCCGCGGCGCGAUGGGCGAGCUGGGCGUGGAGCUGGUCGACGUGCCCGCCACCGAGGUCGAGGGCGCCCUCGAAGAAGCCCGCGCUGCUGGCCAGCUCUCCUCCCACGCGGUUGAGCUCGGCCUCCCGCCUGCUGCGCGAGACACAGGCGUGGAACGACGGACCCACGCGACGUCGUAA